AUGGUUCCAGGAUUGCUCCCCGAAAUCCAUCGUGUUUACGACUUUGUAACCGAGCUCCUCGAGGUCACGAACUUAACCUAUCUUUGCAUAGGCCCAUGUCUUUUGGGCCUCGACAUGUUGCUCACGGUUGAUCCUGCUAAUAUCCACCACAUCAUGAGCUCAAAUUUCUCAAAUUACCCGAAAGGACCCGAAUUCAAGAAGCUAUUCGACGUUUUGGGCGAUGGGAUUUUCAAUGCCGAUUCGGAGUUGUGGAAGGAUCUGAGGAAAUCAGCUCAAAGCAUGAUGAUGAGUCCAGAGUUUCAAAGGUUUUCAUUGGCUACAAGCUUGAGUAAGUUAGAGAAAGGACUUGUCCCACUUCUUGACCAUGUAGCUAAAGAGGAACUCGUUGUGGACUUGGAAGAUGUUUUCCAAAGAUUCACUUUCGACACUACGUGUUUUUUAGCGACUGGAUAUGAUCCGGGUUGUCUCUCGAUUGAAAUGCCCGAGAUCGAGUUUGCUAGAGCUUUAGACGAUGCAGAGGAAGCGAUAUUCUUCAGACAUGUCAAGCCGGAGAUCUUGUGGAAGAUGCAGAGCUUGAUUGGUCUAGGAGUUGAGAAGAAGAUGAAUAAAGCUCGCAUGACUUUUGAUCGUGUUUGCUCCAAUUACAUAGCUUCCAAGAGCAAUGAGGUAAGCCAUGGGAUUAACAAUGUUGAUUCUCCUUCUCAAGAUUUGCUGACGUCUUACAUGAAUUUGGACACGACCAAGUUCAAGUUGUUGAAUCCGAGUGACGACAGAUUCCUUAGAGACACGAUCUUGACCUUCAUGUUAGCGGGUAGAGACACAACAGGCUCUGCUCUCACCUAG